AUGGCGUCCGAAGUUUUCAGGCAACACUUUGGCAACUAUAAUUGUAUAUUACUGUUAUCAGAUCAUCCAGAUUCCGCUCUUGAUGCCAUUCCUUCUGGGGCCACGACUGUGCGCAUUUCACUGGCCACCACCAACGGUUCAGUUGAGCGGCUCCUGGUGUCCGCCCUGGACGCGGACUGCCAGGGGGUCGUGAUUCGCUGCGGCGAUGCCGUCACGGCUGUGGACUCCUUUCUCAAGGCGUCCAAACUGGCCAUCCGGAGGGGAAAACGCCGCUUACUGGUGCUGCCGAACAGGCGAACUUCCUCCACUAACGUAUCUGAAAUUUUCUAUCUCCACGGUAUUGGGAAUAUCCCCGACAUCCUUGUUGCAAGGCUUGUGGACGAAGCUGACAGCUUCGAGCUGGUGACCCUGAACUUCACAGGAGAAGAGACGUGGCGAGACGAGGUGGUGGUGGCGCGGUGGCGGCCGGGAAGUGGAUUUGAGCCGCCGUCAGCAGACCUCUUCGCCGACAGGACUGCAAACCUGCAGGGCCGACAGAUGGUUUUCGCAACAAUCAAUUACCCUCCGUACGUCGUACUCAAGACAGGUUCCCUCCCCGCGGAUGGCACCGAAACUCGCAUCCUAAUUGAGUUCACCAAAAAGAAGAAUGCGACGUGGCGCGUGGUGGACUGCGAGGAGGACAAGUGGGGCGCGAUCUGGCCGAACGGCUCCGGGAACGGCCUGCUGGGAGCCGUGGCGAUGGACGAGGCGGACGCGGGGUACGCGGCGGUGUACCACUGGUACCCCGAGUACCACUUCGUGGAGUACACGCGGCCCUACGUGCGCGCCGGCCUCACGUGCAUGGCGCCGCGCCCGCUGCUGCAGCCCGGCUGGCAGGUGCCCGUGCUGCCCUUCUCGCCCCUCCUCUGGGCGGCCGUCUGGGCCUCCGUCAUACUCGCCACCGUCGCCCUCUACUCAGCCAGGAUGGUCUCCAGCUGGCUGCUUGAGGAUGGCCGGGCAGUCGGGCGAUACGCCACGGUGGAAGACUGCUUCUUCCGUUCUUUGGGCCUGCUGGUGCUGCAGACGCCGGACGUGGAGCGGCGCCACACACGUGUCGUGGGCCCCACGCGCCACGUGCUGUCCUGGCUGCUGAUCGCCUACCUGCUCGUCACCGCCAGCUACGGCAGCGGACUCUCCUCCGUGCUCACCAUACCUCGAUACGAGCCACCAAUCGACAGCGUCGUCGACUUGCGUGACAGUGGUUUGGAAUGGGCUGAAACGCACAUAGCGUUUCUAAACUCGCUGAGAGGUCGUACUGAGCAGGUGUAUUUGGACCUCAUCAACCAAUACCGGGUGCUUACAGUGGAUAUUCUGAAGUCCAGGACCACCACACGUGAUUUGGCAUUCAUUAUCGAGAGACUUCCUGGAGGUUAUUUUACCAUUGGUGACUACAUCGACGAGGAGGCUGCAAGCAGAUACCUACGCCCAAUGCGCGAGGAUAUUUACUGGGAAUACGUGGUUCUCGCAGUGCCAAAGGGCUGGCCGUACAUACAGCAACUAGAUGAACUCAUCGACAGAUUGUUCGAAGCAGGAAUCAUGCACGCAUGGGAAGGACAGGUCAGUGUUCUGAUCCGUUUGCUGACACCUUACUGUUAA